GCUGUUCCUUUCGGACUUCAGUCCCCACGUUGGUCCUUUGCAUUGUGUCGUUUGUUUCGUUUUUUUUAUCGUUUGGCGCUUUCAGAAACAUUACAAGACUUCCAUUAUUGGAAGGCAAGUACAAGACAUUGUCGCAGGUUGUUGGGUUGUGUUGCUAAAAUGCCUCUCUGCCAGCUCUGAAGCGAGACCCUCCUGAUAUGGUGAACAGGGCAGUAGUUUCCUCUUCUUGAUGAUGCUCGGUUAACAUGGCUGUGACACCAGUACGUUACAAAAUACCAUAUAUUUGUCAGCCUCCAUUGACCCGGAAUAUCGCAAGGCAGUGUCAUGGGCUGUUCAUGUGUGACCACAGUUCCACGAGAGAUGGUCCGAGAUGGUUCUGUUCUGGUUCUGUUGAUAUCAGCAGAGGAUGGUCUCUGCAAAAUGAGAAAAUGAACGGAGCAUCCUUUUUACAGCAAGAUUAUUGGGCAGAAGGCCACCUAAAAGGCUUUCUGAAGAAUGCCACGCACAGGAAAAGCGCACAGGUCAUAUGUCAUGCUUCCAAGGAUAGUAGUGAGAGCCAAAUGCGGGCACUUGAUUCUUAUUUUGGCAAACUUGGAGAUGUCGACAAGACCUUCUUGGACGAUUCUAAUGUAAAGAUAGAAGCGCUUGCAAAAAGUGAUGUUUUCAAGUCGCAAAGGGGGCUGGACCUGCAGGAUGCUUAUCUUGGCAAACGCAAGGAAGGAAACGGCAUGUCAGAUACCAACUCCGGAGACUGUGCAUCAAGUCAUCAGGACGAGAUCACUGCCAAAAGCGAUGUUAUGGAAACUCUGUUGCCUCUCAAAGAAGAAUCUAAAAUAGGUUAUUGGAGGAAAACGAGAGUUCACAAUGAACUAAGGCAAAUGAGAGAUGAGAAAGGGCAGAAUUCUCAAGUUUUACAAAACUUCGAUGACACUUCGGAUCUUUACUUAAUAAGCAUCAUAGCUUCCAUAAACAUUGCUGUGUUUCUGUUUGAGAUAGCGAGCCCUGUGCGGAACUCAGAUAUGGACCUAUUCUCUCUUCCGCUGCUGUAUGGAGCGAAAAUCAAUCACCUCAUCCUGACAGGAGAAUGGUGGAGGCUUGUCACACCUAUGUUUCUGCACUCUGGAGUUUUCCAUAUGGCUCUUGGUUGUUGGGCGCUUCUCACAUUCGGGCCUAAGGUUUGCAAAGGCUAUGGUUCAUUCACAUUCUUCCUGAUAUACUUACUUGGAGGAAUAUCUGGCAACUUGACAAGCUUUCUACACACGCCAGACCCGACUGUUGGUGGCACGGGACCAAUAUUUGCCAUGAUAGGUGCGUGGCUCAUCUAUCAAAUCCAAAACAAGGACAUGAUUUCGAAAGACAUAUCAGAGAGUAUGUUCCAGAAGGCAAUACUCGCGACGGUUCUCAGCUUCCUGUUGAGCAACUUUGGUCCAAUAGAUGACUGGACGCAUUUGGGAGCAGCGGUCACGGGCAUAGUGUACGGCUAUUUUACGUGCCCGACCUUACAAAUGGACGAUGCAUCUUCGACCUCUGGACAGGAAGAGGGAAUCACUCUCGUUGGGCAACCUGCGGAUUCUUGCAAAUCGCUGCUCGUCUUUGCUCUCUUAACCCUUGUGUUGGGCUCUCUAGUUUUCGUUAUCGAGCCGCCACUAGGCACUCUUGUGACCGAAAACCUAGAAUAAACGUGGAAGUAUUGUGAUGAUGGAUACAGGACCGUGUUAGAUGAUUUUACGAAAGGUAGCUGAAACGUUUGAAAGAAACAUAUUCUGUAAUGAAUGACUUCUAGUGUUGUGUAAUGUCCUGGGGAGGGCCGAAUGUCUGGUGAUGGACAUUUAUCAA